AUGAACCAACUGCUGAAUGUCACUAUAGCAGGCAUCAACGCCGUACAAACCAUCGUACCUAGUGACCUGGCGAAGGGUAUACUCGGAACAGUCGCCAAUAUCCUGAUGGUUGUGCAGUCAGUGAUCAAGAACAAAUCCGAUUUCCGGGCGAUAGUCAAUAAAUGUAAGACCAUCGGGGAAAUCCUCGAGAGGGUGACCAAAGACACUACCAACGACAAUCUGCCAAGAUAUUUGGUCCAUGCUUUAUUGAUGCUUAAUUCGUCAGUUAACAAUAUCAAUAAUAAGGUGGUCUCAAGGAAGGAGCAAGGAUUGUUGAAAAGGUUCUUCUCUGCCACGAUUGAUCGCGACCAGAUUGCUAGUUGGGAAAAGGACAUAGGCAGUGCCCUCGAACUCUUCAAUACUGAAUCGAUUGCUGGCAUUGCCAUGAAGGUGGAAAGGCUUACUUUGGGACUCGACGGCAAUACAACUAGUGCCAAUGUUCUAAAGUAUCACUCAAUAGAGCCUCCAUCACGACCUUCCAUGUUUUAUGGCCGCGAUGAUCUCGUGGCAGAGUUGACAACCCUCGUUGCCAACGGUGAACACAUUGCAUUGAUCGGUCCGGGAGGCAUGGGAAAGAGUUCUCUUGCCAAAGCCAUCCUUCACGAGCCACUUAUCAUCAAAAAAUUUGCUGAUCGGCGCUUCUUUGCGGCUUAUGAUGAUCUAGAUCCUUCAACUAUCACAUUCGAAACUUUCAUGACUCAUUUCGCGGGAGCCCUUGGCAUAGAGAUCACCGGGGCUGAUCCUUUACGCCCAAUAUCUACCUUUCUUCAUUCCACUAGCGCCCUUGUCGUCCUCGAUAAUGCCGAGACCUUUGAAGAGGCAAGUACGUCGUCAGCGCUCGAAAAAAUACCACCAGCAAUCGCGAAGAUUGCAGACAUCCGUGGCGUCGUCCUGAUCCUCACGUCACGCAGUCGAAGGAACGCAACAGAUGUAUUGUGGAGAACGAUGGACAUUCCGCCAUUGGACUUGAGUUCUGCAGAAAGAGUGUUCUUUCAAACUUAUCCUCGCGCCCGUUGCAGUGAUGCCGAGGAAGAAAUAAAGGACCUGCUCAGGGAGUUGGAUUUUCACCCCCUUUCCAUUAAUUUGCUCACACACACUGCGCGGCAUAAUGACUGGUCUCUAGCCACACUACUGAAGAGAUGGAACGAUAGGCACAGUGCCGUGCUCAACCCCGGCAAGGGAAAACUGCAAAGCUUGCCAGACACCAUGCAGUUAUCACUCGACUCACCAUCCAUCCAGGGUCUUGGCGAGGAUGGUCGUCGUACUUUAGCCAUGAUUGCCUUCUUACCCCAGGGUCUCAACGACAACCUGGCUGGCGAUUUGUUGCCAUCGCUCCAAGAAGUCGACACUAUAUGCGAUGUUCUACGCAGGCAAUCUCUUGUUUAUCAUCAAGACAACUUCAUCAAAGUACUUGCGCCCAUUCGACAUUAUGUGCAAGAUUCGUUGCCACUACCUGACUCCACACGUUUGCGAGAGAUACGCACCUUCUACUAUCGCACUGUCCAGCAGUGUUCGAAAGAACAAGACGGUCAUGCUAAUGUCAUUAUCUCGGAUCACUUCAACAUUGAGCGUGUCAUUGCUUUCGACCUCACCCAUAUCCCUGAAGAGACUUAUCGCGCUUGCUCAAAAUUUUUGUUGUGCUUGAGGUGGCAUCUUCCUCGCCCAACUACCCUAACCCCCACUAUUUUGGACGUCGUCGAGAACUCCUCCACGUAUGAGCUCAAAGCAGACUGCUUGUGGAAUCUCGGCUACCUCUACUCCACUCUCUCCCAGCUCACAGACGCAAUGAAGAUUUCCAAAGCUGCUGAGGCACUCUAUCUUGCCACCGGCAACCACGAAAUGGUGGCCCAAUGCGUUACCAGUUGUGCAGACAGAUACAGAUGUCAAGGCCGCUUCAUUCAAUCCCAACAGCUUUUAGAGGGCUUUCAACGCUCCGAGUCGUGGGAGUAUCUCGAUUCUCAAUUCACAGCACCUGCGGAUGAAUUAUUUGUGAAGUCCUCGGACUCGAAAGAUCACUUCUAUGGCUUGCAGUCCAAGAUUCGGCACUGGCAGGCCAAACUUUACUAUGGGGGAGACAUUGUCCAGGUGAACGAGCACUUAGAAAACCUUCUCCUACAAUGCACAUGUACUCGAGUCUGCUUCGCCCGCCGCGAGGCACUCAUGGGGCUUUCAGAGGUGGCAUUUUGCGAAGGCAGGCUAUCCAAAGCCAUGGAUAUCCUACAACAAAUCAUGGAGAUGUCCGAGGGAGAACGUUCGGACAAUGUCUUGUGGUAUACUGUGUUGAAGGCCAUUGUUGCAAGCAAGCAGGGGGAUCAUGUCCUUGUGAGGGAGCUCAUCUACCAAGCCCCAGAAUCCUCCCAAUUCUUCGAGCUGCGCAGUGCAUUCGUAUCUCUCCACAGAUCUUAUGGCGCGGCAUGGAUCGAGCUCACUGCGGGCGCAUACGACAAGGCCGAGUCCCAUUUCAUAGCUGCCAUUGAAGGUUGUGAUAUCCAAGGACAUCUUAGUUUCAAGGCGUAUAGCAAACGGGGACUGGGGGAGAUUGCCUUUGUGUGUGGUGACUUCGCGUUGGCUGCACGAUACUUCACAGAAACACGGCCUUUGUGCACUGAGAUGGGAGUGCCUGAGCGAUAUUUGUACAGCUGCGACCUGUUCUCUGUUCUGCCAGACAGAUUUUGUGGAUGGACGUUAUUUUUAGAGGGUCAGUCACCAUUUGCAAACAUUAUGUAG